CGUUUCGGGGUCCGGUCUGCCGACAAGUUGGUCACCCCACUGCCGGGUGCAGGGUUUUGCCAGCUGCUCUUCUCCCUCGCGUGGGUGCUGGCCGGCAUCUUUGUGCCGGCCAUGGAGAGAUCAGGGGGAGGGGAGCGCAGGCGUUCGCGGUCCACCUCACGGGAGAGGGAGAGGAGGCGAAGAGAGCGGUCCCGGUCCCGGGACAGGGACAGGAGGAGAAGCCGUUCUCGCUCCCCGCACAGGAGACGCUCCAGGUCGCCGAGACGGCAUCGAUCCAGCUCCUCCUCCCCACCACGGCUGAAGGAGAGGCGGGAUGAAGAGAAGAAGGAGAUAAAGGACUCCAAAGGCAAAGAGCGUCAGAUCACGGAGGAAGAUUUGCAGGGCAAGACGGAAGAGGAAAUUGAGAUGAUGAAAAUGAUGGGCUUCGCCUCUUUCGACACGACAAAAGGGAAGAAGGUAGAUGGUGCCGCAAAUGCAUAUGCAAUCAAUGUGUCUCAGAAGAGGAAGUACAGGCAGUACAUGAACAGAAAAGGAGGAUUCAACAGACCCCUGGAUUUCAUUGCCUGA